AUGCACCACCCCAGGAUCAGCAAAGGGGUGGGCAUGGUCCGAAUUCGACUCUUGGCCUACGACCCGAUCGUAGGCCUAGACCUCUUCAUGAAUGAGAUGAGGAAUACUCUGAGUAAUUAUAUGUAUCAGAUGGACCAAGAGAUGGACGAAGAGACGAAAAUGCUGGCAAGCUGGUAUUUCAAAGGCUGGCGAAAAGGUACGCCGAGCGUGCUCCAGAAGUUCCGCGCAGCAGCAGAGCCUGCACAUCGGGAAUACAGACGGCGGUACCACGCACAGAAUGACUUUUCGAAAUCAGAUUUCAUCGAAGAUGUUUCCGACGCGUUGGCGAUGAGCAGGAAACCUUUGAGAAUAGAAAUUACGGAUCGCAACGACUUCAUAUGGUCCGACACCCGGGCUACAAAAAGCAAUCUUCUGAACGUCAUCUCGGAACCUCGAGCGACCACAUGGCGAGGCCUUAACGCCCGCUGCGACAGUAUAUCUCGGGAUUAUGCAUGGAUGAUACCUCUGAUGCUGAUGGACUUUGCAGCGAGUCGCGUCCGCAUCGCGGACCUACACUUCGACACCAGCACGACCACGCUCCCCGAAAAUUUGUUUCCCAUGGAAGCGUACUCGGGAGGAAUGAAAGAGGCCAUGCAGAAUCUGCGAAGCUUUACCUACCGCAACGAAGAUAUUAUAGACACCAUGAAACCCGGACCAAAAUGGACGUCGGUACUUCACAACUGUCUCCCGGCAGCCUCGCUACGAGACCUAGUUUUGCGGCGCGUCAGGCUCGAACCAAUGAGCCAGUGCCGUAAUCUCACCCGAGUCUCCCUCACCGAGGUCGAGUUCCGCGUCGAGAGGCUCGCCCUCUUGCUGGAACCGCUCGAGCCUCACACCGUUGACAUCAGCUUGAACGAAUGCGUGCUUUACGACAACGACGGCGACGACGACGACUCGUGGGCCGACGCUCUAGACCUCUUGAGGUCCAAGCAGCGCUGGACACGCCUGAAUUCGCCCAAAGGUUGGGAUAUUGUUUGUAUGUCACGUGAGAACAUCAACUACCUCUUUGUGCACUUGGAAGACUGGCAUGGAGGCGCCAGCAAAGCAGAGCAAUAUAUUCGAGGUGGGUUGGAUGUCAACCCAGUUCGGCAGCAUCUGGACCGUUCAAGUUUCAACAAUUAG